CCCCCGCCCGGCGCCAUGAACCGCAGCAGCGCCAGCAGCGCGCCCGAAAAGGCGGCCACAGCCCUGCUGUGGGGCUGUGAGCUAAACCAGGAGAAGAGGACUUGGACCUUCAAACCCCAGAGGGAGGGGAAGCAGGACUGUAGGCUGUCGCUUAGUACGGUUUGCCUGGGGGAGAAUGCCAAGGAGGAGAUGAACCUCGUGGAGGUCCUGCCCCCAGCAGGCCGGGAGGACAAGAAGACAAAGCCUGUCACCAUUGCCUCGCUGCAGGCCUCGGUCCUACCCAUGGCUGUCCUGAUGGGAUUGGAGCUUUCUCCUCCAGUCACUUUUCGGCUCCGGAAUGGCUCUGGACCUGUGUUCCUCAGUGGGCAGGAAUGUUAUGACACUUCAGACCUAUCCUGGGAGGAGGAGGAGCUGGAGGAGGAGGAGGAGGAGGGUGACGACGACGAUGAUGACGAGGAUGAUGACGAUGACAAUGGUGACGCGUCCCUGGAGGAGGAGACCCCUGUCAAACACGUCAAGAGGCUGGUGCCCCAGAAGCAGACGAGCGUUGCCAAGAAAAAAAAAGUGGACAAAGAAGAGGAGGCAGUGAGACCAGGUCUUCAAGAAAAAAGCCCUGUGGGAAAGGCCAAAGCCACGCUCAGACCUAAAAAGCCAGGAUCCAGGAAAUGAGGAGCCAGGAGUGGCCUGGCCGCAGUGAGACCACCAUGCGAGUGGGCUUCCUCAGGUGUGCUGCGGACCCAGGGCACCCCCCCACCUUCCGUCUGAGUCUGAGUGUGAUGGAGGGGUUGGGAGGCAACACAGCCACCCCUCACCCCAGCUCUCCGGUUCAGCAGGACCUGGAGGGAAGAGCCUGACCUCAGGGCCUCAAUAAAGUUUGCUUUGCCAGGA